AAAAAAAAAAAAAUUGUGUGUAAAUUGUGAAAAUUGUUGGCAGGUCCGUCAGGCCAAUCACAGGACUAAACCAAAUCUGCAGCAGCGUCUGCGAAAGCAGGCAGCAGCGCAAAACGUGAAAUAAAACAGAAACACAAACACAACAAAACGCAAAAACACAAACGCACAACAAGCAGAAAAAAGUUUCGUCAAAGUCAAGCCGCGUCCUGUGUUGCAAAGCAUUUGUUAGCGCGUAUGCGUGCGCUUAAUCCGCACUCUUGCUCGUUUCACGCCGCGUUGUCGCGUCCUUCCCCGUAGUAUCUGCGUUCAUAUACGCGUCUGCCGCUUCAGAGACCGCGUGUCAGUGCGUCGUGUUUAUACUCGUAUGUAUGUGUGUUAGCGCGCGUUCACUUUGCUUGGCGCGUCUGUGUGCGUAGUGCGUUUGUUACGCCGCGCCUCUUCCCCAGCUGGCGUCGUCGCGCAAAGUACAUUGCAUUGCUGUCAACAAUUGAGCGAUGAGCAGACACCAACGCGUUGGUAAACACAAAAUAAAAAUUUUCCAGCAGAACGGCAUUUAAAAACAGAGCUAAGCUAAGGGUGUAGACUAGAAGGUGAGCUGCUGAGAAAAAGGAAAAAAGGCGUACAAAUAAUUACAAUGAAAAUAAGUAAAUAAAUAUUAAGUGAAAUUAUAAAUAUAAGAUACGCAAUUGGAAGAACAGGAACGAAAGCGCGUGUUAAACAUAAGUGAUGUGGCAGAAAAUUACAGUUAUGUGCAUAAGUGCUUAUCAUAUGGUAAGCAAUAAAAUGAAAGUGAAAGAAAAAUAAACAAUUUUGAGAAGUGUUGUGCGCAAAAAAUUUACUAAAUUGAAAUUAACAAUUUUUAAAAUUGGUUAAAUGUUAAUAAUUGAAGAAACAAGGUAUUAGGAAAUAUUAAAAAAAUUUUAAUUGACAUAAAAAAAUUAAAAAAAAACUAAAAUUUAAAUUUCAAAAAAAUAUUUUAAAAAAUAUUAAAAAAGUGAUUAAGAUUAAAAAAAAAUUUCAAAAAAAGUUAGACAAAAUUUAAAAAUAAAAUUAUUUACGUAAUAUUAAAAAAAACUUUAAAAAAAUUAAAUAAAAUUUAAAAUGACUUCGAUCUUAAGCUACGUGCUAUUUACUGUUAAAUAAAUGCCAUAAAACACAUACCAAACGCAUUUCAAUAUAUGUAUGUAUCAUCCCACAUCAAGUGUCUGCUUAAAGUUCCUGAAAAUCACUCAUACGCCCUGCUGCACCAUGUUUGCAUAUUUGUUUGUUUCGCACACGCUGCGAGCAGACAGUCAAUAGUAACUGCAGCGUUUCAAGUGAGCAAACCUGCUGGGCAGCUAAGCAACCAUAUAAGCAAACGCAUCCUUCCAGCUCCACACCCCACAACAGGCAAGCGGUUGCUGGUGGACUGUAUAUUUACAUAGGUAUAUAAAAGUAUAUUUUUUUGUUAGAUAUAUACUAAAAAAAUAAUGCUAUUGUAUUUUUUGUUGUGCCAAAGUGGUAAAAAUAUAAAAUAACUGUGAUUUUUGAGUUAAAAAAAAAAUUGGAAUAAUAAAAUUAUUAUAAAAAAUAAUAAGAAAGUUAAAUAAAAAGUUAUCAAGUGCGAAAUGAAGUUGUGAAAAAGUGAAGAUAAUUGUAUUUAAGUUAUGAAAAAACGCUUAAAAGCAACCAAAAUUGCGCCACAAGCAUUUGAGCUGCAGCUUUUAAAGUAGUCUACAAGUCGCCGCUAAGCCCUAACGGUAAAUCCAUCAGCGCAAUUUGAAGACCGCUAGAGCAAGCAGCAAACUUCCGCCGCUAGCAGCUGCCUUGACUCAGAAAAGACACAAAAAUAAUAACGCCAACAAAAAACCACAAUAGCAACAAUAGCAACCAAAUAUAAAAUAAAAUAACAAAAAGAAACAAAAGCUAAAAAGAUAUAAAUAAAAUAAAUAUUACGUUCUUUCAACAACACUGGCUGUUACUCCAAAAUAAAACACAUAAAAAAAGUAUUUAUAGAUAUAUAAUAUAAUACUAAAUAAUAACAACAUUACUCGCAAGCAUCAAAAGGAGUAAAAACAAGCCAAGGCAGCAACGAAAAAGUUUUUCAACUGUUAAAAAGUUUCAGCAUACGUUCCAACGUUUUACGAAAAGAUAUGACAUGUGAUGGUGUUGUAACAUUUUGGAUAUUUUUACUGCUUUCAUUAAUUUUACACAACGCCGAUUUAACGAACGGCGGCCGACCCGAUGAACUGCAUAUAGGCGGUAUAUUUCCGAUUGCCGGCACAGGAGGAUGGCAGGGCGGCCAGGCGUGUAUGCCAGCUGCAAGACUGGCAUUGGAUGAUGUCAAUAAGGAGCCGAAUCUGUUGCCCGGCUUCAAACUCAUACUGCACAGCAAUGAUAGUGAGUGUGAACCCGGCUUGGGUGCUAGCGUUAUGUACAAUCUACUCUAUAAUAGACCACAAAAAUUAAUGUUACUAGCCGGCUGCAGCACCGUCUGCACCACCGUGGCAGAGGCGGCGAAAAUGUGGAAUUUAAUAGUGCUCUGCUAUGGUGCCUCGAGUCCGGCACUCUCGGAUCGCAGUCGCUUUCCAACACUUUUUCGCACACAUCCCUCCGCAACGGUACACAAUCCGACACGUAUAAAAUUAAUGAAAAAAUUCGGUUGGUCACGUGUGGCCAUACUGCAGCAGGCCGAGGAGGUCUUCAUAUCGACCGUUGAAGAUCUCGAAAAUCGUUGCAUGGAAGCGGGCGUCGAAAUCGUCACAAGACAAUCAUUUCUAUCCGAUCCAACAGAUGCGGUACGCAACCUACGCCGACAAGAUGCUCGCAUCAUAGUCGGCCUAUUCUAUGUCGUGGCCGCGCGGCGUGUACUUUGCGAAAUGUACAAGCAACAACUAUAUGGACGGGCGCAUGUGUGGUUUUUUAUUGGCUGGUACGAGGACAAUUGGUACGAGGUGAACUUGGAAAAUGAGGGUAUCACUUGCACGAUAGAACAGAUGCGCAUUGCGGCCGAAGGACAUCUUACAACGGAAGCGCUUAUGUGGAAUCAGAACAAUCAAACGACAAUUUCCGGCAUGACAGCUGAGGAAUUUCGACAACGACUGAAUCAUGCGCUUAUCGAAGAAGGUUACGACAUCAAUCACGAUCGCUAUCCGGAGGGCUAUCAAGAGGCGCCGUUAGCCUACGAUGCUGUCUGGAGCGUGGCGUUGGCAUUCAAUAAAACAAUGGAGCGCCUCAAGCAACGACAGAAAUCCUUACGAGAUUUUACAUACACAGACAAGGAAAUUGCCGAUGAAAUUUAUGCGGCAAUGAAUUCUACACAGUUCCUUGGCAUAUCGGGUGUCGUUGCAUUCAGCUCGCAAGGCGAUCGCAUAGCCUUAACACAAAUCGAACAAAUGGUGAAUGGAAAAUAUGAAAAAUUGGGUUAUUACGAUACACAAUUGGAUAAUUUAACAUGGUUAAAUAUGGAGCAGUGGAGUGGUGGAAAAGUACCUCAGGAUCGCACAAUUGUACGUCGCGUCUUACGCACAGUAUCCCUGCCAUUAUUUGUCUGUAUGUGUACAAUUUCAAGUUGUGGUAUAUUAGUAGCCUUAGCACUUAUUGUAUUCAACAUAUGGAAUAAGCAUAGAAGAGUCAUACAAUCAUCACAUCCCGUAUGUAAUACCAUAAUGCUCUUUGGUGUCAUCAUAUGCCUGGCAUCAGUCAUACUCUUAGGUAUGGAUGGGCGAUUUGUCAGUCCAGAGGAGUAUCCAAAAAUAUGUCAAGCGCGCGCUUGGCUUCUAACCACCGGUUUUACAUUAGCCUAUGGUGCGAUGUUCAGCAAAGUCUGGCGUGUGCAUCGGUUUACAACAAAAGCAAAAACAGAUCCAAAAAAAAAAGUCGAACCAUGGAAGCUUUACACCAUGGUCUCCGGACUGUUGUCUGUAGAUUUAGUUAUACUAUUCGCCUGGCAGAUUUUUGAUCCGUUACAGCGUAUACUUGAAACAUUCCCACUCGAAGACCCUGUAUUAACAUCCGAUGAUAUAAAAAUUCGUCCAGAAUUGGAGCAUUGUGAAAGUCAUCACAAUUCAAUGUGGUUGGGGCUCGUUUAUGGCUUCAAGGGGCUAAUACUCGUGUUUGGCCUCUUUCUGGCCUACGAAACGCGUUCGAUUAAGGUGAAGCAAAUCAAUGAUUCCCGCUAUGUUGGCAUGAGCAUUUACAAUGUUGUUGUACUGUGCUUAAUCACAGCGCCUGUGGGCAUGGUCAUCGCUUCGCAACAGGAUGCCUCAUUCGCAUUUGUUGCAUUGGCUGUGAUAUUUUGUUGUUUCCUAAGUAUGUUGCUGAUAUUUGUGCCAAAGGUCAUUGAAGUGAUACGUCAUCCAAUGGAUAAAGCUGAAUCAAAGUACAAUCCCGACUCUGGUAUAUCGAAAGAGGAUGAGGAGCGCUAUCAGAAAUUGGCUACUGAAAACGAAGAGCUGCAACGACUGAUAUCACAGAAAGAGGAGAAGAUUCGCAUACUCAAGCAACGGCUAGUCGAUUGGGAAGCCACGCACAAGAACGGCGAGCUGAACGGCAGCAACGGCACAAAUGGCAUUUCCAUGGGCGGCAUUGCCACACAUCAUCAGCCAGUGGCGAGCGUCAAUUCCUUAAGCGGUGGCAUGAGUGCUACGCUAAUGAGUGGCGGCGGUGGCAAUGCCGGCUCCGGCUCAGGUUCCACCAACAAUUCACUCAAUCUACAAGCAACGACGUCCUCCUCACAGCAUAACACACCUGCCGCCACAUUAGCGAUAACACAAGAUACCCAUGAUCAUCAUACAUGAAAAAACGUGUCAAUUUCCUUCUCGUGAUAGGUUAAGUAUAUGUAAAUCAAGAUAAAAAAAAGAAAAAAAUUAAUGGAAGAUAGUUAUUACUACGUUAUUGUACAAAUUCUAAUUGCAAUUAGUAAAGUGUAAAGUUAAAAGUAAGCCUAGUAGUAAGUAGCAAUAAUAUAAGUGUAUGUAAUUGAAAUUGAUGUAGCUGUAAACUUAAGUCCUUUAAAUAUAUAAAUACGAGAGUUAAAACUAAAUGAAGCGAGUGUAAGUUAUUGAAGUGAAAGCAAAGAAGAAAAAAAAUAAAAAAUAAAAACACAAAGUGUUAAGCUAAAAAAAUGCAGUUAAAUUAAUUUUAAAAAAUAUUUAAAACAAAAAAAAUGAUUAAAAACAGAGAAAAAUUACUCGAAACUAAAACUCAGUAUGAAAGUUUAUAACAAAAAUGUGUAAAAAGUUUAGAACUUUAAUUUGAAGCUGGAAAAAAGCAAGCGAUUUGUGUGUUUUCAUGAAAAGCUGUGUCUGUAUUUAUGUAUAUUUACAUAUAUACAAGUAUAUUAUUUAUAUUAGUUGGUAAAUAGCUAAAUAUGAAAAUAAAUUAACGAAAUUGUUGUAAGCAAUUCUGCAAUUGUUAGUGUUACUGUGUAUUAGUGUUAGUGUUGCUAGGCAAUAGUUUUAAAUUUUAGGCAAAUGUAGGCGCAUAUUAUAGUAUACUAGAAGAAUAUUGUAUGUAAUUGUAGUGUUAUUAACGGAAAUUGCGUCAUUAGUUGGUAAGCAAAUGAAAUCGUGCGUUUUCUCUUUUCUAAACAAAACUUUCUACCACCAAAUACUAAGAAACUAUACAAAAAAUUUAAUACAAAAAUGCCAUAACUUAAUGUUCUAAACAUUUGUAAGACAAUGAAAACUAAUUAGACUAACUAAAAAUUAAAAACGA